UACACAAAGAAUUCACCAAAGACAGCAGGUCCAUGAGUGAGCUUUUUAAAUUGAAUUGGUAUUUGUACAAGGUGACACCCUCUUUCACACCACCCAUCUCCUCCCUGUGUGACUCAGACACUGAGGGAGAAGCCUCUGAUCUGUUCAUUAACACAGGCAGGUGGAGGUGGAAACUGCACUCAGUAAACUCCAGGUACCCAUUAGUUUCAGCUGGAUCCACCUGGGGAAUCACUGCAGGCUGUUUAGACAAAAAGUCCCGGUUUAUCUGCUCAAGAAAGAAAAGAUUGGUGGUGGAAACAAGGGCAAGUGAGGGCUCGUGCUAAAACCGAGAACCAACAAUCCUUACUGGAAGGCAGCAUGUCCAAUUUUACCUUGAGAAAAACAUCUCCCACAGGAAAUGAUAUGAAGGGUACCACUCAGGAGACUGCACUGAAGCAACAGGGUUUUCACGAGGUGAACAAAAGAAGGACUUUCUUACAGGAUAAGAGCUGGAUAAAGGAACGUCCGGAAGAAGAAAAAGAUGAAAAUUAUGGUAGGGUGGUACUCCAUAGACGUAACUCCCAUGAUACCUCAGACAGGAAAACAAACGAGAGGGAUGAGGUAAAAACCACAGUCAGUUGGUGCAGCUCUGACGACACUUUGGACAGAAACAUGUCCACGUUUCGGUCACCAGAAGAGACAAAGAUGCAACCUGGAGGUUUAUUCAGUGCAAAUGCCACCAACACCCCAGCUUCCAACUCUGCUUCUACUCCUGUAAAGAAAAAGAGACAGUCCUGGUUUCCACCGCCCCCUCCAGGUUAUAAGGCCGCCCCAAGCACAGGAGCGAGCAGAAGGGAACCAACUGUUCACCCUCCAAUACCUCCAAAGCCCAGUUCUCCUGUUUCAUCUCCUAACCAGCUGAGGCGGGAUAACAGGCAGAUAUGUCCACCUAAACCAAGUGCAUAUACAGAAACCAACAGAUCUGCUGAAAGAAAUAUAAGGAGUCAGGAUCUUGAAAGCAUAGUCAAAGUGGCCACUUCAUUUCAGAAAGCUGACAAGGGUGAAGAAUUAGAUAAUCUCAUCAAAAUGAACAAAAGCUUGAAUAGACCCAAAAGCCUUGAAAAUCUCAUUGUUGUGAAUACCCGGACAGACAAAGAUGGCAAAGGAAACCAAGGCCUUGGAAGUCUUAUUAAAGUUAAUCAAAGGACUGACAGUCUCCAUGUUUUUUUCCAAAGAAUCCAAGAUCUCAAAACGGUUAUCAAAGCAAAUGCUAGGACAGAUCAGACUAGCAGAGGAGGUGAAGACCUUGAUAAUGUUAUCAAAGUGAAUCUCCAAAAAAGUGAAAACACCACUGGGAAACAAGACCUCAAUGGGCUUAUUAAAGUGAAUCCUGAAACAAAUAAAAAUAUCAAGAGGAGCCAGAGCCUUGACAAUCUCAUCAAAGUGACCCCUGAAGUAAACAAAAAUAACCCAGGUUCCAAAGGCCUCAGUAACCUCAUCAAAGUGAACCCAAGAACAGGAAAAAGUGUGCAAGGGGACCAAAGUCUUGACAAUCUCAUCAAAGUGGCUCCAGAAACAAACAGAACUAACCAAGGGAACCAGGAUCUGAACAAUCUUAUCAAAGUGACUCCCUCAGCAAAAAAAAGCAGUGAACAAGAUCUUGAUGAACUUAUUAACGUAAGCCCCAAAGCUGUCAAAAACACAGCCGGAAACCGGGAUCUCAAUAACCUCAUCAAAGUGAAUCCUGAAGUAAUCAGAAGCAAUCAAAGCCAAGCUUUAGACAAUCUUAUUAAAGUGAAACCUUCACCUCUCAGAAAUACUAAGCGAGACCAGGACCUAGAAAAUUUAAUUGAAGUAAAUUCCAAUAUGUCUCAGAGUAAAAAUGAAAGGCAAGAUGGCCAAGUUAGUGGGUCUACUGAGGCUUUAAUCAACCCAUCUUCUAGAACCACUGCCUACUCUUAUGAAGCACGGAAGACCCUCAGCUUCAAUGCUGAAACCAGGCAUGCAGGACCAAAGGAUACUGUUGUGUACACAAGGACGUAUGUGGAGAAUAGUAAAUCACCAGAGGACAGAUAUCAGGAGAGUAUCUCUGGAAAAUACAUACAAACCGUUUAUUCGACUUCAGAUAGGUCUGUCAUUGAAAUGGAUAUAUGCACUUACUGUCGAAAACCCUUGGGCACAGAAGCUAAGAUGAUUUUAGAUGAAUUACAAAUUUGCUGCCAUUCCACUUGCUUCAAGUGUGAAAUAUGCAAACAACCUUUGGAAAACCUACAAGCAGGUGACAGUAUUUGGAUUUAUAGACAGACAAUACAUUGUGAACCUUGCUACUCUCAAGUUGUAGCAAAGUGGAUUCAGUAAUUCUGGCACAUGAAAAUCAAGAUGAAAGCAUUCACUAAGGAAUUAAAAUUUUUAUUGUAAGAACAUAUAAUCUAGAAAAGCUUUUACACCAAAGAUUGACUCUGGUAUAGAAUUAACAACUGUGCUAUUGCACAAAUAAUCUAAUUGCCUCCACUAAGGUCACAUACAUAAAAGGAACCAUCUGGUAUCUGGUUAGAUUUAGAGAUCAAAAAUUCAAGUGGUUCUAGUUCUCAGUGUCAAAGGAAGCAUGCUUCUGAUGGCAGUGAGCAUUGUCAACCUUGACCAGGUGCAUCUCUGCUCAGUAUUAGGCUGUGUGUCACGGUUUCCAUUAUAGACAAAUUUACCAUUUUCUCACCUUUGUUCCCCUAAUAAUUUGGAUUUACAGACGUUAUUGAAGUCUUCAUAAAACUGUCACGGGAGCAAGAUAUGUUUCCUUUAUGUACAAAAGUAAUGUUGAUAGAAAGUUUGGCAGAAAGAUGUUAACGUAUAAAGUUGUGUGGACCUCAGAAAAUCACUUAAACUUUUCAGAUUUCUGUGCUGUUAUCUGUAACAUGAGGGGCAAUGGACAAAAUGAUUUCUAAGGUCACUUUCUGCUCCAAAAUUAUCAGAUUCUAAAGCAAGUUUUUGUUUGCUCUUUAGAAACAUAUCUGAAUCUGUGUUUGUUAGGCAUAUUGAACUAGAUAGGAUAUCUAAAUUUAACCUUGGUAUCAUCCUUCAGUUUAUCACCGAUACAAGUUUUAUAGAAUGUGUUUUAAAAACAGAAAGACCUGCAUUUAUGGGUCAUGGGUAAAAUCAUAUGACAUAGUGUUUACGUAAUUUGUCAAGUUUUCUUUGCAUGCAUUUCAAAAUCUGGAUUCAUAACUGAUCUAUGAGAAAUAAUGAAAGUUAUGGACUACAAAGACAUGUUCUUUAGCAUGCUAUAUCUAUUCCUAUUACAUAGCACUUUAUAUUUACAGAUGGCUUAUAAAAAUAAAUGAACUGUCAGUUAUGCAGAAUCUUCUUGUACAGUGUCUAUAAAUAUUACUCACUGACAUUGAUAUGUCAAUUACAGUGAUCGUAAUUUAUUAUAUUCUGUGCCAUGCUGCUUAAAUUAAUUUUUUAACUGCUCAAUCUAUAACUUUGAUUUUUAAAGAGCUUUUUCUUAAGGAAUUGAAAAUUCCAUAAUCUUGUGAGGAACUAUUAUUAUUAUUAAAAUUGAGACAUUGCACUUAUAAACUACUUUAUAUGCACAUAGCAAUUGCUUCUCAAAGGAAAGCAUAUGGAACAUUGAGAGAGGGUGGAAUUCUAAGGGAGUUUAAAGCAGUUGUAAAAAACUGACAAACUAGGGAGAUUAAAAGAUAAUCAUGUAUUUUCUAAAUGUUGAUAAAUGUAAAGAGUUAUUCUUCUGUAUAAUGAUUUCAAGCAUCUGUUCCUCUGAGACAGUGGUCCACAAAGUGUUAAACACUAAUGCUUAUUAAAAUACAGAAAUGUGUAAUCAUUGUCCUAUGGAGAGGGAGCCAGAAAAAACAAUUAAUAAUAAUUUGAUAUUCAUUAAUUCAUGCUUGAUGAGAAGCGGUGGUAAUUGAGCCAUAUGUUUUAUUGUUCUCUUAUUACAUGCUAUCAGAGUGGAUCAAAAGAAAUAAUUUUCUUAGAGUUGGAAUUUGUGGCAGGAAAGGACGAAUGAAAUAGUAUCCCUCUCUUUUAUAUAAAGUGUAUUAACAUCUCAAUGCCGUUGUGGUAAUUAAAAAUCAUUUGAAUAUCAUUUUUAAAGGAUUCUAUCUACUGUUGAAUGCUUAAUUUUAAAAAAACCUAAAAGGAACGUAAUUCUCACUUUUCUGUAGCUGUUUAAUGGACCCUUUCUUCUACAAUAAUGUAUUAAAUUAAACCGAAAGCUGUUGUAGAAAUGGAAUAAAUACAGAGUGGAGAGAGAAGGGCUUCUGAUUUACCAAGUCUGCUUCAUCAUGUCUGGGAUUGCUUGCACCAUAGGAAUGACAGAUUCCUAAAACAGUUUGUAAGAUCUUUUUUUUUUUUUUUGCAGCUAACUAAUUAUGCUAUGAUUGGCAUACUUUUCCUGGACACAACUGCCUAAAUCUCAGAAUACCAGGCCCUGAAUUCUAUGACAAAUGAAGAGAUGUCCCUAAAAAAUAAUUAGUUGCUCCACUAUGAGAGUAUCCUUCCAAAAAGCAAAACAAAAAUAUAUCUAGUAAUCUUGGAAAUAGAAUCUGUUAAAAACCUUUUUUUUUUCUUUUACGAAGGCCAAGAAAUAAAAAUUUAUUCAAGAAGUAAUCUAUGCAUCCUUAAUUGUUAGAUUGCAAUCACUCCUAUAAUUAUAUAGGAGUGAUGAGACAGUCUAGUUCUCACUGCUGGGGCACUCUCUGACUUGUUUACUAUGAUAGAAAAUCAUGAGUGUUUGGAACAUUUCCCUAUUCAGCUUGAUUCAGAGCUCUACCAAAACAAGUGACCGUUUGGUUUACGUAGAGGCAAACUUACCAUGA